AUGAUAACUUUACUUCGACCAUCCAAAGAAAUAGGAAAUGAUUUCGGUACUUUUGAUGAUAAUAAAGGUAACAUAAUAAUGGAACAAUUUAUUGAAAGACUUGAUACUGUUCUUGAUAAUGAUCCAUUCAAUGAUAUUGAUUGGAGUUUAUUAUCACAAAAUGAUUCUGAAUUAUUAGAAAAAUAUCGUUCAAAAUAUGUUGAAGAUCGAAAACGAAUACGAGAAGAACGAAAAACAAAAAAUUUCGAAGAAAUAAUGGAAGAUCUUCUUCAAGAAUUAUCCAAUAAACCUGAUAUCUCAUCAUUCUAUCGUACACUUGAUGAACCAUUAUUAACAAUGAAUUCAAUUACAAAAGAUGUCCAUAAAAUUGAAUUAGAUACUUCUGAUGAUGAACAGGAUGAUCUUGAACAUUGUACAACAUGGAUUGAUCCAAGUAAAAGUAUUGGUCGAUCGACACAUACAGAUGAACUUAAAACAUCAACAUAUGUUGUUUAUCCAUUAACAAAAUCUCCAGAAAGAAAAAUUCAACGUUAUACAGGUCAACCACGUCGAAAUACAUAUACACUUCAAAAUUCAUCUUCGGACGAUGAUCAACAAUUAGUUAAUACAAAACAGGAAUAUGUUCGUCUUGAUAGUGAAGGUUUUGAUCCACAACAACAACAACAUGAAAAUCCAUUUAAUAAUGUUAAAGAUGCUCGAUCAACAUUCUCAAUUCCACAAAAACGUUAUCGAUACACUCAUCGAGAAGCACAAGAUAUUCUUUAUAAGAAAUUAGGAGCUUUUAUCAAAGGCUAUCUUACACGACAAUUAUUUCGAACAGAACAUGUUCAACGAUUAAUGCAUACAUUACAUGAUACACAAAAAUUUGCUGUUGAUUUUCAAACAGAAUGUUUACAAACAAAAACUAAACUUGAUCCAGAUGAUAUUAAUAUCAUUGAUCAAUUAAUUAAACAAGUUCAAUCAGUUUUGGAUGAAAUUCAUGCUAUAUUUGGACAAUAUUCAUCAGCUCGUCAAAUAUCAAUGAUUGUUCGACAUGGACAAUUACGACAACUUCGAACAACAAGAACAAAUCAACGAAUAGCAAAAACUUUUUCUACGGAACGACCUAUAAUUGAUCCAUUACCAGUUUCAACUGUGAAAAAUGAUAAUGUUUCAAAACAAUCAGUAAGACGACCAGAAAAUAUUCGUCGACAUGUCUCAGCAGCACCCAUUCGUUCUGCUCCAUCGACAACAAAUACUCGAACACGUCCAUUGAAAAAAGCCACAUCUGUACAAAGAAAAUCUCGUCCAUUGAAUACAAAUAAUAAUGAAACCACCUCAAAUCCACCACGUUCAUCUUCUGCCAAUAAUAAUAAUAAUAAUAAUAAUCAUAACAUAUUUCGUCCUCCGUUGCGCCUUGCGCCAGCCAGUCCUAUGUUCAGAAAUCGUUUAAAAUAA